GUAUUUUCUCAAGAGUACAUCAACCUGCUGCUGUCCGUCUACUUCUUCGGCCUGGGCGUCCUGGCGCUGUCUCACACGAUGAGUCCUCUGAUGUCCAGAAUCUUUCCAGAUUCUUUCCCAAACAAACAGUUCCAGCUGCUCUUCACUCAGGGCUCCGGAGAGGCCAAAGAAGAAAUAGUGAACUAUGAGUUUGACACCAAGAACCUGGUCUGUCUGCUCAUCAGCAGUGUGGUGGGAGUCUGGUACCUGCUCAAAAAGCACUGGAUAGCCAAUAACCUGUUCGGCCUGGCGUUCGCCCUGAAUGGAGUCGAGCUGCUCCACCUGAACAACGUCAGUACCGGCUGCAUCCUGCUGGGGGGGCUGUUCGUCUACGACGUCUUCUGGGUGUUUGGGACCAACGUCAUGGUAACAGUCGCCAAGUCCUUCGAAGCACCGAUCAAAUUGGUCUUCCCUCAGGACCUGCUGGAGAGAGGACUGGAAGCCAGUAACUUCGCCAUGCUGGGUCUGGGUGACAUCGUCAUCCCGGGUAUCUUCAUCGCCCUGCUGCUGCGCUUCGAUGUCAGCCUGAAGAAGAACAGCAGGACGUACUUCUACUCCAGCUUCCUGGCCUACAUCUUCGGACUGGGCCUCACCAUCUUCGUCAUGCACACCUUCAAACACGCACAGCCCGCCCUGCUCUACCUGGUCCCGGCCUGCGUCGGAUUCCCCGUCAUCGUAGCACUGAUCAAAGGAGAGCUCACAGAGAUGUUCAGGUACGAGGAGACUCCUCCUGAGGAGGAAGGUGCUAAAGAGGACUCAUCAGAAUCGGAGAAAAAGGACCAAUAGCAUCCACCGCCGCCCCUCGCUGCCCGCCUCCUCCUGCCCGUCCCCUUAAACACUUCUCAUCCAGCCUGCUGCCACCACAUUUCACCGACGCCCCUCCCACCUCUCCAGCUUCCUGUUUGUGGGCGAAGGGGGGGACACGUAGCCAACGUGUUUUGUCUCUGAUAUAACCAUGGGAACGGGCCGCUGGCCUCCGUGGUAACGGCUGCUGUCGUGCUACCGGUGGUGGUGUGUGUGUAAUUAAAGGUUGUUUUUUCGUUACAACAGUUCAGACUCGGUGCCUACCAUGAUUCCUCUCUCUGUCUGCCCGCUGCUCUCACACAGGAAACGCUCUGCGGCGCCAGAUCUUACACCAAAACAUCACCGCGGUUUUAUCGUACGUUCACGGUAGCAAUAUGUUUUUGGGCGUCAGUAUCUGUGUGAAACCAGCCGCAGUAUCAUCACACCGAUCUCUGUGUGUGUCGCAGCCCGUCGGCUCAGAUAGACCAGGAAGGAGCGUUUGUUUUAGCCUCAACAGUGUGAAAGUCGCAGGGUAAAACAAACGCUCCUGUUCGUUUUCUAUUUUAACUUCCUCCGUCUUUAAAGAACCAUAAAUUAAUUUCAGGUGCCCGAGCUGUAAACUCACCACUCCUACUUUUAGGACGUCGCGUUGAUCAUGCCGGCGUGGUUCUUAGUCUCCGGGUUUCUUCACUUCCUGGUUUAUUUGGCGCCGCUCACUCUGCCUUCUGCUUUCUCACCUGUUUCUGUUUUGUUUGACUUUUAAAAGGCCAGAACUUUAAGACGAGUUUUUAACUGUAUACAUCUGUCGAAGCUGUUCUGUGUCGGACCUUAUGUGCGUCCCAGCUGCUUACCGGGAAAUAAAUCUCCCUUACGACGCAGUGAACGACGCUACAGGUGUGAAUGUCUUUGUGGAGAAGUAAAAACUUAAAAUUGACAACAGCUGCAGUUGUGAACCAAAGGGACCAAACGUAUUCCCCAAACUCAGUCUACCUGAGAGGACAGGUGAGCAUUUACCUGGUUACAGCCCUCCAUACGCCUGCUUCCAGUCUUAAAGUUCUGGCCUGAGAGGAGUAAAGGGAGGAGGAGGCAGACUGAACCUCCUCUGCUGAAUAUUUCCAGUGCUCAGAUCUUAUUGGUGGAGAGGCUGCGAGGGGGAGGAGCCCUGUGGCCUCUUCAGCCAAUAAGCUGUGAACAUGAGCACGCUUUCCUCAAGCGUUCUCAGAUGUUUUUAUGUUUUAAUAAUCGACAUAAAAUAAUUCGUGAACCGUCUUAAACUCCAACUGCUCUGGUUCGAGGUUUUCAGAUGUCGCUGUUUUUCUGUUUUUACAUAAUUGUGGUCAGACAAAACAACAUAAUGACCAAAUGAUUAUUAAUUAAUCAACAAUGAAAAUAAAUGAAAGUUUACUUUUCGCACCACAAAGAAUCUUCUUUGUUUUCCUUCUUGGGUUUAGAUCAUCAGAUUUUUCCUGAAGCUGAUUUUUGUGGCAAACAUCAGUUGUUCUCUCUGACUGAAUUCUAAGAUGGAGAUCAGAAUUUGGGUGUUAAAGAGCUCCUCCACCACACUGUAAAGUUAGUCGACUCACAAGAGACGGAUUAAAACCAGAAUGGUCCAAAUUGAAGCGGCAGAAGCCGAGAGAUCCCGAGUAGUUCGCCUCAAAACAGCUGCAUAGAAGACAUACAACCCAUCAUGAGUAAACUGAGCUUGAGGUCUAUAAUUGGUGGAGUGGCUCUUUUUUAAAGAAAUGAAAUUCUUUUGAGUCAGUUUCUGCUUAAAAGUCAGAAUUUCAAAAUAAAAGUUUGAAUUUAAGUUAACUCAGAUUUUUUUUUACCACUUUUUUUUUAUUAUUAUAUAAUUUUUUUUUUAGGUCACUAUUCAGAUUGAAAAGAGCUGGAAACGGAUGUGUUUUUGGACGCUUGAGAAAAAGCCGCUCUGACUGGACUAUUCAGCCUCGCAUUAUUAUUCUCAAUGUUAUUGAUGUUGAUGCUUUAUUAAGAGAUGCACAGUUUUGUAUUUUGAUGUAAAAAAAGAAAAUAACAGAAAUAUCAUGCUCAUAUCCAGCUCAGUGACGUUCAGUAGCCCCUCAUCAUUUUAAAUAUAAUGUACCUGAAAUGUUUUUCUUUCUCUCUCUGGUUGCAUUUGUGCAGGAGGUCGUUCUACGGCCCCGACUGUAUCUAUUUUAUUUGCAGUAAAGUUUUUGGUGUUUUGAUCACCGUAUAGAGAAGCAUAA